AAACCUAAAAAACGUGGUAUGUCAGUGAAGCGUAAAAGCACGCGUAUUGCUAAGGGCAUGAAAUUAAUAGAUAUUAAAUCUGUUGAUGAACUCUUCAAGCAAGCUACUACACCACUGACAGCGUCAACUGAAAUGCGUGAAAAGCUUGAAUUUGCUUUAGUCAAAUGGCGGAAUGAUUGUGGUUUAGGGCCAGCUGGUACUAUCCGUCAAGGCUUACGUUUGAUGCUUACACGUACUAAAACUGCUGCCACAAACGCAUCUUUGCCAGAAACCCUUCAGGAAUCUGAUGAUUCAAGUGAAGUUUCAGACAAUACACCAAGUUUUGCAAUUUGUAGCGAUGAGAAAACUUAUCCCAUUAUCGUGACUCGUGGUGUUUUCCCAGAAAAACUGCAAAGAACAUUCGAUUCAAUGUCUGCCCUUUUGGACAUCUGCGCCAAAAUACAAAUUAAUACCAAUCCAUUAUUGAUGAAACUAGAAAAAACGAUUAAACAAAUAAGCGAAUGCUAUGAAGAAUUAACACAACUAUGUGCAAAUGCUGGACUGCGCGGAGCAAAAGCUAAUCGAGCUAUGGAGAAUUUCGCAUGGAAUGUGCGACUUUUAAAAGCUGAACUAACAUUGAUGAAUAAAACGCAAUCAGAAGCUAAUGAUAUUCUUACACAGGUUUAA